AUGGAUGAGAACUCCGCUGUCUCGAGCGGCGUCGCCGAUGAUGUUCAGCUGACAUCCGGCCAAGAUGCCCCCGGUGAUGUGGUCAAUGCCUCCGAUACUCCCGCUUCCCCGAAACCCAGGAACACCGGACAGGAGGACGAGGAAAUGGGCGGCACAGAGAACGAGACCAAGAAGGAGAGCGAAGGUAGCGAGGAACUAGCCGACGUUGCCGCACAGUCUGGCGCUGAAGGCGGCUCGGAAGAACAGUCUGUACAGGCCAAAUCCUCACUCGAAGCCUCGGCGCGCUCGCAUCUCGUUUCUCAAACACAUGCCAUCAUCCUCCCUAGUUAUUCGACAUGGUUCGACAUGCACACGAUUCACCCGAUCGAGAAGAAAGCUCUGGCCGAGUUCUUCAAUGGCCGCAACCGCAGCAAGACGCCAGCUGUUUAUAAGGACUACAGGGAUUUUAUGAUCAAUACCUACCGAUUGAACCCGAUCGAAUAUCUUACUGUGACGGCCUGCCGACGAAAUCUUGCUGGAGAUGUGUGUGCGAUCAUGCGAGUUCACUCGUUCCUUGAACAGUGGGGGUUGAUUAACUAUCAAGUGGAUCCUCAAACCCGACCCUCAAACAUCGGUCCUCCCUUUACUGGACAUUUUAGAGUCGUCGCCGAUACACCGCGAGGCCUUCAGCCAUUCCAACCUGGCCCGAACCACUUUGUCAAGCCUGGAAAGCCGCUGCCGGCAACCGACCGUGCCGCUUCCGCUACUCCUGCAACCAAGGCCGACCUUAACCUCGAAAUUCGCCGAAAUGUCUACGACGAUAAAGGAAAGGAGGUCACACCAGCAGUUGAAGAUAAAGAGAAACAGGCCAACGGCGAAUCUGCCGCCAAUGGUACCGCAGACUCCUCUAAGGCUCUAGAGGCCGCGUCACAAGAGCCACGAAAGAAGUUUCAGUGUUUCACAUGCGGUAUCGACUGCACGCGCCUUCGCUUCCAUUAUGCAAAGUCAACACCGGCUACGGGGAGCGCAACUGGUCCAGAUUCCAAGUACGACCUUUGCCCCAACUGCUUCUUACAGGGUCGGAUGCCGUCAAGCCACAACGCCUCAGACUUCGUCAAGCUGGAAGACACAUCAUAUUCAAGGGCGCCUGACCGAGAUGCCCCCUGGUCAGAUUCUGAACUUGUCCUUCUCCUCGAAGGUCUCGAGAACUUUGACGAGAACUGGGAGCAGAUUGCCAACCAUGUCGGCACAAGGUCAAGAGAAGAGUGCGUGAUGAAGUUCCUUCAGCUCGAAAUCGAAGACCAGUACCUUGAAGAUGGUCCCGAGGUGCGGGCUGGUCCCGGACGUGAUCCUAUCAGCCACGUGGAAAACCCAGUUCUAUCCGUGGUCGCCUUCCUGGCCCAAAUGGCAGAGCCUUCUGUCGCCGCUGCGGCCGCGGGCAGGUCUGUAGACGAGAUUCGAAAGGAGCUCAAGAAGCAGUUGGAGAAAGGAACCAGCGCGGAUAAGCAAGACAAGGGCAAGGAGAAGGAGGGCGCCGCUGUCAAGAGCGAAGACUCCAUGGAUGUGGACACUGCCCGCGCAGAGCCGUCAGAAGUCGUUGAAGCCGGCAGCACUGACAACCAGCCGAAGGCUUCACUCGCCACCGUCGCCCUUGGCGCUGCAGCAGCCCGUGCCGGAGCUCUCGCAUCCCACGAAGAGCGCGAGAUGACCCGCCUCGUCUCCGCAGCCGUCAACGUCACCCUCCAGAAGUUCGAAAUCAAGCUCCAGCAGUUCAAUGAGAUGGAGGAGAUCAUCGAGGCCGAACGCCGCGAACUCGAACUCGCCCGCCAGCAACUGUUCCUCGACCGCCUCGCUUUCAAGAAGCGCGUCAAGGAAGUCCAGGAUACACUGCAGUCUGUCAGCCUCGGCGGUGCCACUGGCAACAACAUUGCCGACGCUGCGACAGCCGGCAUCAACAACCGCUACAACUUCCAACCCGCUGCCAAUGCCGUUGGAGCCCCGCAGCCUUUGAGCGCCACUGCGGGUACAGAUUUCAAGACUCUUGACCUUUAA